AUGAGUAGUAAAUGUGCUUUUUGUGAACAACCAUUUGUAAAUGGUGAUAGAAAAUCUAAAUAUAACAAUCUUGAAUAUCAUCAAGAUUGUUUUCGUUGUUCAACAUGUCGUCAACCAAUAAAACAAGCAUUUUAUAAUUUGGAUAAUGAUGAAUAUCGAUGUUCAGAUUGUCAAAAAAAAUUAGAAACUAUUAUUAAAUGUAUUCGAUGUUCACAACCAAUUAAUGAUGGAUCUUAUAUUGAAUAUAAAAAUGAUCCAGUACAUGCAAAUUGUUUUACAUGUUUUCGAUGUUCUCAACCAUUAGGCAAUAUGCUUUAUGUUGAACAUGAUAAUCAACCAUAUUGUGUCCCAUGUCAUAUGGAUCAAUUUGCUCAAUCAUGUGCAGUUUGUGGACGACCAUUUCCACCUGGUACAUCAACACGUAAAUGUGAAAAUCAAUAUUUUCAUAUUGAAUGUUUUCGAUGUUUUCAAUGUGGAAAAGUUUUAUUAACAAAAAAUUAUUUAAUUAAUAGUGAUCAACAACGUUUAUGUGACAUGUGUAGUUAA